AUGAAGAUCGUGAAUACACUGAGUCGGCAUUUGUCCGAGUUCUGCAAGGCCACUACCCUGCACGGUCUGAAGUAUAUCACCGAGGAAGGCCGGCACUGGUUUGAAAGGGUGCUUUGGCUACUUGGCUGUGCCGCUGGAGCAACAGCGGCCAGCAUCCUGAUCAACCUGGUGUGGUCCCAGUACAUCACGUCCCCCACCAUCACGACAGUGGAGUCGACUCACUACCCCAUCUGGAACGUCCCGUAUCCCGCCGUCACUGUCUGCAACAUAAACAAAGUUCACCUCACCAAUGCCGUACGACUUUAUGAACAAUCAUUUUGCCCACUUUUAGAUGAAGAUGAGUAUUAUGGAUUUGUUCAACAACUGGCUGAAAUUAUCCAACCAGAGAAAGUAAAUCAAUUUCAACACAAUAUAAGUGAACUAGAACAGACAUUACAAGAAUACAGCCUUACUAUGGAGACACUGAUGUUGAAACUUACACAACCAUGCUCAUCUCUCAUGGUGAAGUGCAAAUGGAGAGGAGAAAUAACUCCAUGUAAUCAAUUAUUCACAAUGCAAAAGUCUGAUUCUGGAUUCUGCUGUUCUUUUAACUAUUACCCUCCAGAAAUGGAUACUGAUACAAAUUCAUACCUUCGUGUGAAUGGAGCUGGAUAUCUCACAGGGUUAACAAUGUUGAUGGAUCCACGACUAGAGGACUAUUAUGCAGCUCUCUUUUCUUUUUAUGGAGUGCAAGUAUUGGUACAUUCCCCUCAGGAUUAUCCAGAUAUAUCAGCCCGAGGACUCAUAAUAGCACCCCAAAAAGAAGCUUUUCUCCAGAUCACAGCAGAAUCAACAUACAGCACUCCAGCUGUAAGAACACUGAAUAUAGACCAGCGCCAGUGUCUGUUUGAAGAUGAAAGUGGAGAAAACAGAAAUUUAGGAAGAGCUAGAUACUCCUAUGGAAAUUGUGUAAUUUAUUGUAGAAUGGAACAUCUUAGACAAAUAUGCAACUGUACACCAUAUUUCUAUCCUUCAACAGGAGACACCAGGCAGUGUGGGCUGCUAGAUGUUAAAUGUCUUGCUGAACACAGGCGAAUUUUCACCAAUCUCAAGCCACCCAUAUUUAUUCCUGGCCUUGUUGAUGGUCAAGAUGGCAUGAGUUGUGAUUGUCAUCCAUCCUGCACGGACAUCAACUACAGAACAGAACUAUCUCAAGGCCAGUUCUUCAAGAGUGAAUAUGACAGGACACAUUUCUUUCAUGAAAUCAACAUAACAAAUCAUUCAAUUCUGCAUGUAUACUUCAAGGAUAUAUCAUCCAUUCGUUACAGAAGAGAAGUGGCCUACAGCUGGAAUGAUCUACUAGCUGCAUUUGGAGGAAUUGUGGGUCUAUGCCUGGGCUGUAGCCUCCUCAGCCUAUUGGAGUUGCUUUACUUUUUCACUCUGAGGCCAGCAUGCAAGCUGCUGAAAGGCAAAAGUGCAAACACUAUUCAAGAAAAGAUUUAUCCCUUUUAUAUCAGACAGUCUCCGGAUAAUUUUGUUAAAAAGAAGCCGAAAGUUCUUGUUCACAACUGGUUGCCUUAAGAUUAAUGUAAGCUUUAGCUCUUAUUCUGAAGACAGCAUUCUCAAUUGUUAACAGAAUGGAAAAAUACUUUUUAUUUGUAAAUGUAAUGCUAAACAAUUACAUACUAUGACUCUGUCUGUCAGAUGUCAAAGUAGGCAUGCGGAACUGAACAUUUCCAUUAUAAAUAUGUCAUAAAGCUGUUACUGUCAUACCGACUAUAUGGCACUUUUAAAACAGUGUAUCAUUUCCAUGUACACUGAAAGUAAAGCUGCAGCUGUAGUAGUAUAAGAGAAUAAAUAGGUAAAAAAGAAAUCUCAUCAUGAAGAGUCUGACACUUGCCUGUGUGCUCCUAAUGUAAUAGUGAGAGACUAAGUAUAUGGAAAAUCACAAGAAGAUGGAAUGUCUGAACAGUAUUUACAUUCAGGAGCCCAAAGUCCAACAUUUGCAAUAAACACAUUUAAAAGUAGAGAAAAUAUUCAUAAUGAAUGACUUUCCUUGACACUAAUCUUCAUAUCACUGAAAUUCACAUUCAAACCUGUCCAUAUUUUUGUAGUCCCCAAUUUAUAUCACAACAAUCAUUUAUUAACACUUCACUGAAUAAACUGAAAUGCAAAAAUUAGGCAUAAUUCAUAAGAGUAUCUGCAUUUUUGAGUUUUCUAGGACUACAAUGAAAACAAUCAAAAUUAGCACUACAUGAAUUACAGCAUUGCAAAAUGCUUGCUGGCAAGGAUGUGAUCUUAAGAUAGGACAUCACUGUAUUCAGAUCUGAAACAGGCCCAAUAAUAACAUGAACAGUCCAAAUAAUAAUUGGUGUAGUGCAGAGUCAUAAUAUUUCCGUGGGCUGUGGAGAGGAACACAUUUGGACAGAAUUGGUGUGAGCCUGCAACCGCUUGGCCCUGAAAGGCCCAUAUUAUCUGCCACUCAAAAAUGUUGUCUGCUCACUGCUCACAGAAAUCUGACUGAUAUAGGUUUAAUGAGCCACAUCAGUGAUAUGGCAUCAUCCAUCAAUACCUCUGGUAGAUUUACAAUAUACAGGAUGAAUCAUAAUUAAUGGCAUAAAUGCACACAGUUGAAAGUACACAAUACUAGAAGCAAAAAAGUCUCAGUAAACAUAGAGUUGAAAAUGCAUACCUGAAGAGCUAUGAGCAAUUUUUCAUCUCUGAUACUGUGAAGCAAAUCUCUUCUAUUGCAAGCUCUUUGCUUUCCACAUUUGGGGAAGUAGUAGUAUAAACAAAAACAAGAAAAUAUCUCCAGCAAACAUUUGCUCUAAAAUGCAUACCUUAAAAGUUACGAGCAAUUGUUCAUUAGAAGAGUUGCAUUUCCAAGUAUCGAAGAUGAGGACAUGCUCAUAGCUCCUAAGGUAUGCAUUUCCAGCACAUGUUUACUGGAGAUUUUUUUAUUGUUUUGGUCCACAUUACCAUCUCCCAAAAUAUGAAAAGCAAAGAGGUUGCAGUAGAA